CCUGCCGUGGAUUAUUUGUGUUGUGUUUUUGGAGUAUAACGAUGGCCCCUUUUAAAGCAAAAGGGAUUCCCACUGGGAAAAGUCCAAGAGUGUGUCCUGGAACAGAGUGAGAAGAGGAGGAGGGAAGAAAGCAGCAGUUUUCCCCCCUCAUCUUUGCCUUUGCAGGCGUUUCUUCUGUGGGAGAAUGGGGGCAGGAGCUCUGACCAUCUGUCACAACAAGACAGCGGUGCAGGUUAAAGAAGACAUGAAGAAGAUGGUCCAGAUACCAAUACUGCGACCCAUGACAUUGACAGCCAAGUACACCAAGUUGUUUGGAGUGUCCCUGUUGGAGCUGCAGGAGAAGGGUCUGAUGGAGGAUGGCGUGCCUCUGGUGUUGAGGAGGAUGGUUGAGCAUCUCCUUAAGCAUGCCUUGCAUCAAGAGGGUCUCUUCAGAGUGAAUGGGAAUGUGCGUGCUGUGGAAACCCUGAAACAGCGACUGGAGAGUGGAGAGGAUGUGGACCUUCUCUCUGAAUCUGAUUCAUGUACGGUGGCCAGCUUGCUCAAACGGUACCUGAGGGACCUGCCAAUGGGUCUUGUAGACUCCACAGUCCAACAGGCGCUGAUACAGCACCACCAAGAGUGCGGCGAUGAUGUGUCAGAUAUGAGAGCCCUGCUCCAGCAGCUCCCAGACGUCCACCACAGCCUCCUUCGCUACCUGUGCCACUUCCUCACCCUGGUGGAGUGCAACCACCAAGAGAACCGUAUGACGGCCCUCAACCUCGCCACGGUGUUCGGACCCAGUGUCUUCCACGUGGCCCCUGGAUACGAAGCAAUGAAGGACCAAAAUAUCUGUAACAAGAUAAUGUUCAAGUUCAUCCAGAACUACGGCAAUAUAUUCCAGAUCGCCAGAAACGGAGAAGGCUGCACAGAAGAACUGCCAACCCUAAUUAUUGUCAAGGAGGUGCACAUGACAGAUGCGGACACAAAGAAGUCACCCAGUCCCCUCAACGCAAACCCACCGACACCAAUUCCCAGAACGAAGAGAGAACAAAAAGAAACACCACAACAUGCAGAACUUCUGAACAAAUCCUCCACUAACUUUCCUCAGGCGAGGCCGAGGAAAAAGAAGGUGAGGAAAGGGGCGAGCGACCGCAUGACUGUAGUCAUCCCUGACCCAAGCCACUCUGCUGGGUCACCCCAUGCAAGGUCCCUCUCCAUACCAAUAAUUAUACCACUGACCUCAGAGCUUAGAAGCCACAAUCCAGAGCCAAUGGAGACAGCUCGCCAAGAAACCCCAGACACUGCCUCGCCACUCAGCCACCCCUCUGGCAACAUGGAGGCCAUCAGCAGCACCCAAGAAGAAGAUAGGCCAAUAUCUCCUUUCUACUUGAGCAACCACCUCUCUCCCGUGCACUUCCGACCAGAUGUGGGAAAUUUUCUGGACAGGACGAUUCGUUCAGCGGUGGAGCAGCACCUCUUCGAUGGAAACCCUUUAGGGGAUCAAAGUUCAGAGGACUGCGAGUGGUUACUACGUCCACCGUCUCCGAGGGCGAGGACGCCUUCCGCCCGACAGAGACGUCGACACCAGAGAGCUCAACAGGAGGAGGGGCACAAAGAAAGAAACAGAGCUGCGUCCGUCCGAGCAGACACCAACAAGGAGAACACCCCCUUGAGCAGUGGGGGCAGUGGGGGCAGCUCGGGCAGCGUGGGGGAGGACACAGGCGGCAGCGUGGACUCACAGGGAGGCCAGAGUGGUCACGCUGAGCGAACACCCAAACCCAGGAAGUGGAAACACAGCCCGACACUGGUGCAGCUCACAGACAACCAGGACGCCCACACUUUCAAGGACUGUGCUGGUGAGAGACCCAGAGCGAACCACAUGGAGACAUUUAAAAACGAGAAUGACAUUUCAAGAAAAGAUGGCAUUUCUUCUCCUCAAGAGACGUUCAGGAUGAAGAUCCAGGAGUCGCCCGUCACUUGUGACACGGGGAGGGUCGGCGGAGGAGAAGUGCGAGGCUCGGACUCGGACCGCGAGGACGUGCCCCGGCUGGACCUGACAGCGCUUACUGAGGAAAACAACUGGGGAGAGCCGACCCCAGCGUACCCGCAGAUGCAGAGGGAGAGCAUGGACCGCGAGGAAGCCCGACUGUCUCCGCACGCCGGAGGCCGUCUGAUCCGCCAGCUCGUGGAGGAGGACAGCGACCCGAUGCUGUCGCCUCGCUUCUAUGCCUACGGGCAGUGCCAGCAGUACCUAGACGACACUGAAGUGCCGCCCUCACCACCAAAUGCACACUCGUUUGUCAGUCGCAGACGGAGUUCCUCUCUCGGCUCCUGCGACGAUGAGAAAGAGGAGUUGACGUCCGCUCAGCUCACAAAGAGGAUCCAUGUGCUGAGGAAGAAGAUCCACAGGUUUGAGGAGAGGUUUGAAGAGGAGCGUAAAUACAGGCCCUCCCACAGUGAUAAAGCUGGAAACCCAGAGGUCAUGAGGUGGGUUAAUGAACUGUCGAAGCUUCGUAAAGAGCUAAAAGAAAACAAGCUGAUGAUGUCUGAGGAAGACCUGCCGCCUCUGACCCGCCAGCGCAGCAACACGCUGCCCAAAAGCUUCGGCUCGCAGCUGGAGAAGAAACCCCAGCAGGAGAAAGUGCCGAAGCCUCCGGUGGAAAGCAGCCUGGAGACGAUUCUAAAGAAGCUGCAGGAGAAGAGAGAGGAAGUGAACCGUCCAGAGGACAUCAAGGAUAUGACACGGGAGCAGAUCGGAGCGGAGAAAGUCGCCCUGCAGAAAGCUCUUCUCUACUACGAGAGCAUACACGGUCGACCAGUCACCAAGAGCGAGAGGCAAAUCAUGAAGCCGCUGUACGACAGAUAUCGCCUGGUGAAGCAGAUCCUGUGCAGAGCCUCGAGCAUCCCUGUCAUCGAGGAGGAGGACGGCUCAGAGGACGACGGAGACUCAAAGACACAGUUCACUGUGACGGUCCGACCAGAUGUCAGCGUGCUCGGCUUCCUGGACCACACGGAGGAGGAAGGGGACGGUUUCAUUUCACCCGUGGACGAACUAUCACCCUCGAAGAACACGACGGACAUGAGGCUGUCCAACCUGCACUCCGCCACCACGGAGGAACUCGUGGAGCAACUUCAAGAGACCCGAGAGGAGAAGAAGAGACUCCGCAAGAACCUGAAAGAGUUUGAGGACCAGUUCUUUCGACAAAACGGAAGAAAUGUGCAGAAGGAGGACCGCUGUCCUUUGGCAGUCGAGUACAACGAAUACAAGCAUGUCAAAGCCAAACUGCGGCUGCUGGAAGUCCUCAUCAGCAAAAGAGACUCGACAAAGUUAAUCUGAGACAAAAACAAAAGACUCUAAAAGGACUUCAGAGAAACGGUCAAACACAUCUCACACAGUUGGAGAAAAUAUCUGAAUUUCCUUCCCGCUGCCAUCUGUGCCGCUCGCGUUUUGUGGCUCAGGGGAAACUGUCCGUUAAUCCGUUCAGUCGAGCUCAGCUGGGUUUCCCCUCCGGAGCGUGCAGUGUCGCCGACUCACAGCUGAUUUCAAAGCGUCACCUGCUUCACCGGAGAAGUUCCCUUCCGAGGACGUUUCUCGAGACGUGCACACAUAUUGAGAAUCACACUUUGAUUGCUAAUAAUUUAUUGCUAUCCUUUUGAAUGUUUUUAUCAGAACAGAAAAGUUAUUUUUCUGACGCUUUGCUGUAGAAGUCUUAAAGAAAAACCUUGUAAGUAAAAUAAUAGAUAUGAAAUUAUUGCUAUUUUGGAAGAAGGAUUUUUGCGAUCAAGAUGUAUGUGUAUUUUUGUAAGGGAGACUUUACUAUUUGUAUAACUUUAAUCAGCUUAACAGUAUUCAGUAAAUGAAUAGCUUUCUAUAUUUCCCUUCUGACUGUUGUAUAAUAUCUGAAAUAAUCUUUUGUUUCUUCUCUAGAGUAUUUGCUCACUAAAAGAAAUGUUUAAAAAAAAUAUAUAUAUAAUACAACCCAAAUACAGUGAGUACAAACAAAUAGUUCAUAUUCAAUAAAACACCUACUUGUACUAACUUACAAAUUAUUUUUGUGAUCACUGGUACUUAAGCAUUUGACUGUAUAUAUUAUGCAUUGACAUGCCCCCCACCCCACCAUUUACUUCCUGUCAAAUAAGCUAUUUCUCAUCUUGAAAUCACUGUUUUUGCUCACAUUGAUAGAGAUGGAUGAACAAGGCAACUCUGGAGGACAGCUAAAAGCUCUGGUUUUUACAGCGGUGUGUGUUUCCUUCUCAUCCUCUUCAGAACCGGUUUGGUUCUUUUGUAAAUAUGGAAUACUUGUGUAUGUUUACAUUUCUGUGAGCGAGUACAUUUUUCCUUUCUUUCUCCAAAAUGGAUGAUUUAUCAGUGGGAAUUUCGUUUUUACUGAAUGUAAACACUGGCAAGGCUUAAUGAAUUUUGAGUGUGUACAUUUUAGUACAUAAAUUGUAUUGUAUUUUGUAUAUAAUAUGAAUGAAAUCAUAUUUUUAAAGAGUU